GAUACUAUUCUUUGUGUUGCUGUCGAGGCUUGGGAGUGCCAGUGCGAUCGCUGAAGGCGACAGUCGCCCUCUUAGCUUCGAGGUAGCAGCCUCCAUCCGCGACUUCUUCAACACUACUACUGUCACGGUGAUUGCAGCGAUAGAAGCAGUCCAUUUGCUGUAGAUGCAGAAAGCAGAGAAAAGGAGCUGCGGCUCGAGAGUAGUGCGGUAGAUGGCAUCCUCGGCGAUCCAGAUGCUGUCUCUGAGCGCGUGUUUGAAGCAGAACUCGAAGAUGACCAUCUUGGACCUGGCCUGCAUGCCUGCUGAUGCCACCGACCACUCAGACACUGAGACGGAUGCAGCGCGAAGGAGAGAUUGUAUGUCCGAAGGUGACGACGAUGUCGACAGAGCUGGUCAGGUCAAAAACAGACGAAAACAGGCGAGACCAGUGAGAAUUGCUUCAACUGAAUCCGAAUCAAUUGCUGGCGAAAAUACUGAUCAACCAAAUCAAAAUACUCCAGUAGCAACAACAGCAGCAGAACGAUUCCCGUUUUUCCCUAUUGAUUUAUCAGCCAACAAUACCACCGCGAGUGAAAAUGCCUUCUUGGAUAAUUAUCUGAAAGCACAGCAAGCAUCAUGUGCAGAUAGUUUGAUGUUCGGAGGCCUCUACCAGCCGGCAACUUCCACACCAAGUAAAUCUGUAACUGCGGUUCCAACUCCUCCUCCACACUCCGUCUCACCCAUCCGCAUAUUCAACCCUGAAGCAUUCUGCGAUCUGUGCAACAAGGAAUUCUGCAACAAAUAUUUUUUGAAGACACACAAAGCUAAUAAGCAUGGCAUUUAUGCCGAUGUCAGUCAAGCAGCUUUUGAUUCGUUGCCACUUCCUUUGCCGCUGCCAUCUCUGCCCUUCUCUUCAAUCACAAAUACUGUUCAUCUGAACAGUGGAGGCCAGACUGUGCCUGUUGCCUGCGCCAGAGUCCCCAGCAAAAGAGACAAAUCUCCAUUUCUUUCGGUUGGUCCAUCUGCGAAUUCUGCUGUAGCGAAGAGUUUGACUAGUACCAAUGGGUCAAAAGCCUUUUGUGAUGUUUGUCGACGUGAGUUCUGUAACAAAUACUUUGUUAGACGUCACAAAGCAAAGAUUCAUGGAAUAGUUGACUGCUCAGAGAAUGGUGAUAGUGUUGAACAGAGAAAUCAACUUGUGAAUGGCAUCAAAUCAUCAAAUACUGAUAAUGAGAAAUCAGAAGAUGCUGAUUCACACAAACCUUGGGCUCUGCCAAGACCAAGCUCCAAUUCUUCAUCGAGCUUACACCAGCCAGAUAAAGAAAAUAAAGACCUGGCAUCUCACACAAUGUUCCUAGAGAAAUCACGGCAACAGUCAUGUUUCUCAUUUGUAAUAGAGAAAGAGACUGAUUCUGAUCGAAAUCAGACACCCGAAGGAGUUCCUGUAGCUAUUAAUUCUACUAAUUUUCAGUCCUGGUUUAAUGGAAAUGUGAAUGUGAAUGGUAUGAAGAAAGAUUCAGAUGGAAUGAGUGAAAAAUCAAAGAAGUCAGGAUCUAUCAACGUUGAAGCAUUUUGUGAUAUUUGCUGUAAAGAGUAUUGUAACAAAUAUUUUUUACGUACCCACAAGAUGAAAAGUCAUGGUAUCAUGCCAGCUGAUUUUGAAAAAAAGGAGGAGCGUUUCACAGUUAAUGAGAAUGUAAUUGAUCGUUCAUCACCUCUGAAUUUGAUAGUUGGUGAUCAAAAGAAUGAGAGGCGAGAAACUAUUCAAUCAGAUUUGGAAAGUAGAGAAAUAUUUUGCAAUGUAUGUAAUACACCCUUCAAGUCCCUAAGUUCAUUGAAUACUCACAUUUCUCAGUUUCAUAGCCCAGAAUUGAAGCGGCAGACAGAGAAUGGCAGCUUUGUAAAGGAAGAUCAUAACAACAAAACUCACAUCAUAAACUCUCAGGUGGAAACCAGUUUACAACCUGUAAUAAAUAAAAAUUUCAAUCGAGAUGAGAAGAAUGUGAGAUUGAAUGAUUUCCAAAAGAUGCAUUCAAUGAUGUUGAAAAUGAACUCGAAUUGCAAUGAGGCUGGGCUUUGUGAAUUAUGUAAUAAAGAUUUUGGACAGUCUCCAUAUUUGGAAUUGCACUUGGUUGAAGAGCAUGCUAGUUUACUUGAAGAAAUGACUGUAGCAGCUGAAGAGGAUAAUUCCAAUUCACAAACAUUAUUUAUGGGAGGAAAAUUCAACUGCAACUAUUGUCAAAUGUCAUUUCCUUCUUCUCAAUCUCUCAAUGAACAUGUAUUUGAGUCUCAUCCAAAUCCGACCCAGCAACUUAUUAAUCACAAUGAUUCACCUAUUAAUAAAGAUAAUGAGGAGACAUCAAAAGCAGAACGAGUUGCUUCAUCACUUUUUUCAUUGGGAGAAAGUCAAACUACACCGACAAGCAGCUUUUGUGAGAUAUGUAGGAAAGAGUUGUGUAAUAAGUAUUUCAUGAAAACACAUAUGCAACGAAUGCAUGGUAUAUCAAUCGAGAAUGGAGCACAGAUUGGAGGAGUUGUAUGUGACAUUUGCAACAAAGAGCUUUGUAGCAAGUACUUUCUUCGAGUGCACAAGCAGAACUCGCAUGGAAUUGUCGAAGAAGCAGUUGGUUUAGAUCUGUCAAGGAAUCGGUCGCCUGACACCGAGGACCGAUCACUGCUGCCAAUGGAGCACGCUGAUCCAGCUUGUGACAGGUAUUGGAGACACUUUGACGAGGUGUGUCCCGUUUGCAGUCGGCGCUUCAGGAGUGCCAAGUGGUUGAGAGCACAUCUGCUGAGUGAGCAUGCGGAAGAAAGCAAGGAGUCGAAGCCGGAGUCUCUGGCAGAAGCUGUGCUGAGAGUGCGUCGAUCCCUGGAGCGGGUGGCUGAUGCUGGAGAUGUACCCGCCUGCUACUCUGUACCCCGCAGUCGCACCGCUUCCAAGUCUCCCAUCAUGCAGCCAUUUGUCCUGGGACCUGACUCUGGUGCAGACCCCUUCCUCUCCUCUGUCGUCUACCUGCCUGUCAGCGAGAAACUCAGCUUCCCUGUCACUGCUUCUUUCAAGCUGACACCCACAUAGUAGUAGAAGCUCCGCGACCAACUCACUCUACAUUCAACCACUUGUAAGUUUUCUAGAUGACUGUCAGCAGAAAGGUGAGUGCUCAUUUACAAAAUUCUUGUCAACUUGCGGGAAUGUUCUUCUCAGAAUGGAACGUGUUAGCUACAGCUGUGAUUUAUCCAACUGGAGAUUUAAGAUGGAUGUUUGCAUACUGGUCAGUUAAGCAUAUCGAAUUAAAAUCGCAUAACCGCAUUUACCUCUUUCAACUAGUUAUAUAAUGAACAUAUGAUGUACAUAAAUGAAAGUAUUUAUUGUAAGGUAUAAGGUCGAAGAUAGCCAAGUAAAAUGAGGAAAAUUAUAUUAUAUAUGAAUAUAUAUUAUGGUAAUGAUAUUCUGUAAUGUUGUUGGGGAAAAAUCAAAUUGUGUAAAUUUCUGCUUAUUGUUACCUGUUGUUGUACAAUUUGAAGCUUCCAAAAUUAUCUGCCCAAUCACACUGAGCUUAGAAAAGAACUAGAUCAUCAAACCGCACACCGUACUGAAAGGCUGAUCUCCCAAAAUAUCUAGUGAGUCCAAUAAUUGACUCUCAAUAGUUUAUCUAAUUUCAAACUUACCUAUUAUUUAUUGAUUACUCAACAAUUUCCAGUGAUAAAAUACAGUAUACUUUAGGUCUAUGUCAAGUAGCUUUUUACAAUUCUAUUCAUAAGUUAAAAAUCAUCUACCAGUAUCUGCUAAAUUUUGAAUCGCAAGUUGAGACGAUCAUAACAACUUAGUAUAAGUAUCAUUAAUGACCACAUUAAAGUUGAGAUAAACUUAUUCGAUCCGUUGAUUCAUUAAUCAUCUAUUCGAUUGGAAACUAGGGAAAUCUCAGUAACCACUUUCCAGUGCCAAAACAUAUCAGUAAGUGAAUUUAAUCUUUCACUAAACUAGUACUCAUAUUGAAUUUCAAAACGUUUAAGAUCUCAAAGCUCAAACUAAACUAUAUUAUAAUGAAUGUGAAAAUGUCUUUGUAGAAAAAUUAAUAGUUCUUUUAUGCGAAGUUUUGAUUUGAGAGGAGAAAAUUACAUUCUGGCUUUGAAUUGGAUUCUAGCCUCAACUUUAAGCUUUUAAUUAAUUAAUUUUUUAAACUCUUUUCUUAACUUUUCAGAAUGUUCUCUCCACAAUGGCUACCAUAACAAACACUUUUCAAUUGCCAGAGAGUUAUUGUGAACUCAGCAAUGAUUGUACUGUAUUUCUUACUGAAAAAUUGAUAGAUUAUAAUUCACAAAAAUUGACAGUCUCUUUCGAUAGAUUAUGGAAUUGAUUAUUAUCUUUCCUUCAGCUAGUUCCGUUCUGGAAAUCAUCGUUCAUUUCUAAGCACUCUGUGAUUAGGGAAACGUUAAUAUUAGAAAAUAGUAGUGUAAGUAAUUAGAAAAAUCAACAAUAUCUCUACUGAGAUGGGUUUCUGCCCAUAACAUCAAAGUAGAAAUGGGAAACGUCAAAGAAAUGAUAAGAAAGUUCAAAAGCGAUUGUUUUUCAUAAUCUUGAAUAUUAGAGAAAGCGUGUUCCACUUCUACCUAUUGAUUUUGCUUUUCUGACCAAGAUAUUCCAUGAACGAUGCCUUGUAAAUUAUGUAAAUUUUUUUUAGUAAAUAAAACGGCACAAUGUAAUAUGCUAUUGAAGACUGAGUCAUCUAAUGUGAUUCUUAGAGUGCCGACUACAACCUUCAUAUUAUUUUAUAAACAUAGGUGAUAUUUACAAAAGUUCCUAGCGAGCCUUGAUACUCUGAGAACAAUUGUGUGACGCUCAAAGUGUGUAACAUUAAUCGUAAAAAGAUUUUGUUGACGUUAGCUAGAAGGACUUGUUCAGAUGCACUUACAGGCUGUCCUUAUCGUGCUCAGGGUCUCAUUUGACAGUACAAUGGCAGAAAAGUAAUGACUGUUUUCUGGUUUUGAAAGUUAGUUGGGCUAAUUCAGUCAGUGUUCAUCCCCACUAUGAUCUCUGUACUAGAAGUGAUAGAGGAGUACUACUGAAUUGGUCACUGUAUUCUUAGACAAUAGUGAUUGGUGUUAAAACUCGUUUAGACAAUAUGGUUCUACAUGUUUAUACAAAAGUCGAGAGCUAGGAUACCCCGGCUCUAAUCAAAUUCAGGGAUAAAUUCA